CUUUGGCCUCCUAAUUGGUGCAGCAGCUGCGUGUGUGAUUGGACUUUAGCGGGCGUACGCAGGUUCUUCCAGUAGGACCGUGAAGGCCACAGGAAGUUUGACCCCAUAAAGCUCCACAUUGGCACCGGGUCGGAUGCCUCCUGAGGGCAUCCAAGUGUAAAUCGGAAAGAGAAAGCAUAGGAGGAGGAGGGUUGGGGGGAGUCAACGAAUGAGAGUGAGAAAUUGAGAUGAGUUCCACUCCACCCACAUCCACCCUGUCCAACGUGAGGGGGAGGUGAGGCAGUUUAGUGCUGGUGGUGCUGUGCCGUGUGUUGACUGGCAUUAUUGACUUGCGCUCACAGAGAGUAGUCAAGCCUGCUCCUCCCCAGAAUCCCACCCGUGGGGGCAACCAUGGCUUCCCACGUGAAGCUCAGGAAGGACAAGGUUAGCGUGGUGGACUAUGACACUCAAAUUAAGGAGGUGCGGUGCCAGCUUCUGGACCAACUGAAAGUUCUGGACUUGCAGCUGGAGCAGAAGAGUCAACAACUGCAGGAUCUAGCGGACUACCUACGGCGACGGGGCGAGAUCGAAAGCGAGUACUCUCGCUCCUUGGAGAAACUGGCCGAGAGGUUCACUAACAGGAUCAAAAGGAAGGAGCCCAGCACUCACUCUGUGGCCCAGGUCUGGUUGGCUCUCCUGUCCCACACCCGCCAAGAAAGCAAAGACCACAAUGGGCUCAGUGAGAGCUGCAGCAGCCUUCUUGUCCAACCCCUCACGCAUUGCCUGGAGUACACACAGCGACUCGCCAAGAAGAGUAAAGACAUCUGCAUGCAGCUUCAAGACGGACUGCUCAAGGUGACCACAGAGCUGCAGACUGCGUGGCGGACUUAUCACCAGUACCAGGCUGACUAUGUGUGUGCGGAGGGGAAGUUGAAGGAGGCUGAGAAACAGGAGGAAAAGCAGCGGCAAAGUGCCAAAAAACUGGAGAGGCUGAUUGAGAAGAGGCAAGGAAAAGUCCAGGAUAUUUACCUGAAGUGCAGCAAGGCCAGAAAUGAUUAUCUGCUCAACUUGGCUGCAGCCAACACUUCCAUGAACAAGUACUACCUCCAAGACAUCUCCACACUCAUUGACUGUGCCGAUGUCGGGUACCACCUAUCUCUGGGUCGGGUGAUGCAAGCCUAUCUGUCCAAUCGGCGCCAGUUCCAGCUGAACCUGAACUCAAGCCUGCAGCAGCUCCAGGGCUCUGUGUCAAGACUGGACCAGCGCCAGGACAGAGACACUCUCCUCCAGGACCACCACCACACCUUCUGUAUGCCCCUUCGCUUCCCCUACCAGCCGCAUGAUGGGGACCAGGUUUCCGAGAUUAGUGCGGAUAAUGAGAUGAGAUGCGAACUGGAGACCAGAUUCAAACAGAUCCAAACCAGGCUGAGAGCCGUCACGGAGGAAACACAGGAGGUCAAUAAGCGCAUGUCUGCGUCCCAGUCCUCCCUGCUGGAGACCAUCAAUGACAUGGAUUUUGAGUACAACAGCAGCAGUAGCGGCUCAUCCCAUGAGGAGAACACUGAAAACCAGUUGGUUCGUCCCAGUGUGGCUCGCCGCAGGGCCAACCAGCAGGAAAUAGAAAACCUCUACUUCACUAGAGUUAAAGAGUUCCUCGUUGGCAGCUCUCUGGUGUCCAAGCUGCAAGCCAAACAUGACCUGCUUAAAGUCGCCAUAGAGAAAGGGGAGGCUUCCGAUUGGCAGCAAACAAGACAAAAUACAAAGUCUACACGUGUUCGCAAAAAUCCCUCCAGUGUGAAUUUGUUGCACAACCAAAAACUGUUCAACGGCGACAUGCUGUCUUUUACUCAGGCAUCAGGUCAGCAGAUUCCAGUUGUUGUUGAAAGUUGCGUUCGCUUUAUUAACCUCAACGGUCUCCACCAUGAGGGCAUAUUUCGGGUGUCAGGCUCUCAGAUGGAGGUCAACAACUUGAGAGACUCAUUUGAGCGAGGGGAGGACCCCCUGGCUGAGCAAAAGUACGACCUGGACUCGGUUGCUGGAGUGCUCAAGCUGUAUUUUAGAAAUUUGAAGAACCCCCUUUUCCCAGUGGACAGCAUCAGUCGGCUGCUGGAGUACGCACAGAUAAAAAACGAAGCAGAACGAGCCGAGCAGCUGAAAACGGUCAUCUCUUCCUACCCUGAGUCGGUUAUCAUCGUCAUGAGAUACCUCUUUGCUUUUCUUCACCACGUGUCUCAAUACAGCGACGAGAACAUGAUGCAGCCAUACAACCUUGCCGUCUGUUUUGGCCCCAGCCUGGUCAGGGGGGCCGACGACGACGACGUGGUCACCCUGCAGCCUCAGAUCAACGCCCUGGUGAAGAGCUUCAUCCUCCAGCACGAGAGCAUCUUCCCCGGUCAGAGCGAGGUCAGAGGUCCCGUGUACGAGAAGUGCAUGACGCAGGAACACGAUGACUGUGAAGCCCUCGUUGAGGAAGGGGAUGGGGAGGCGGAGUUCUCUCAUGGUAAACCAGAUACUGGAUGUGCAACAGAAGCGGAAGUGGGGCAGUUGGUAAAUCACAGCAGCUCGGCCACAGGACCCCUGCAGAAAAGAGCAGAGGGUUCUAAAUCCAACAAGGGUGGCCUCGCAGAACACCGUAGGUCAGCAUCAGGACCAGCAGCAGGAGUCGGCAUCCCUUCCGGGGCAAAGAUCGUCCUCCAGAUUCCCACGGGGCCCCAGGGCAGGCCCCGAAGGAUCCACUCACCUGGUUUUGCACGCAGAGAACAGUUACAAGCCUCCCCUGAAGAUGCAGUUCAAGUUGACAAGGAGGUCUGUCGCCAGAUGGACUCGGUCUUCAAGGAGCUUAUCUCAAAGCACACACUGCAAGAGACCUCUGGCCAGGCAGCUCAAAAGAGGGGGGGGCGCAAGGGGAGAGGAGCAGGGCAGCUCCAAGGAGAUCUCCCACAGGACUGAGACGUGGGGCAUUGAACUACAGUUCAGUGAUUAAAGCUACUUUAAACACGUGACUGUACAUUUGGGAAAGACGGGUUGCUUUCUGCUUGUGGAACAUUAAAGCUGUGGGAUGAUUGACAUUGGAAUAUCGACAUCUGUAUAGAUGUUAGCAUAAACUUUAUGGUUUCAGACAAUUCAUGAUAUGUUGCCUUCAUCAAAUAAGUCCCAAGGAUUCAAACUGUUCUUGAACCUAAGUCGGCCAUCUCUGUGUGGAGUUUGCAUGUUCUCCCCGUGCAUGCGUGGGUUUUCUCCGGGUACUCCGGUUUCCUCCCACAUUCCAAAAACAUGCUAGGUUAAUUGGCCACUCCAAAUUGUCCAUAGGUAUGAAUGUGAGUGUGAAUGGUUGUUUGUCUAUAUGUGCCCUGUGAUUGGCUGGCCACCAGUCCAGGGUGUACCCCACCUCUCCAGCUGGGAUAGGCUCCAGGAUAGCCUGUGAUCCUAUAAGCGGCAUAGAAAAUGGAUUGUAAGAAAUGUGUAUAUACUUGGAGUAUUUGUACAAAUUCUUCGACUUGCUGAUUUGCAUAUAUUUUUGGGAAACCAAAUAAAUGGUUAUU